AUUUCAUUGUUGACUUGAUGAAGUACACCGACAGAGAGGUGGAAGUAACCUGCUAAAACACUGUGAAGUACUGCCAUAAUGGGCGCUACUACUGACGUUGUUAUCGACCAGCGCAUCAGGGACAUUCAGCGAGAAUACCUGGAAUUUCUAGAAGACGAUGAAGACUCCGGAGUGUAUACCCAGUUGGUGCAUGAUAUGGUGGCUAGUGGGGAGUGCCGCCUCGUUGUCAACAUCAAUGACCUGAGGAAGAAGAAUCAUCAGCGAGUUACAGGACUUUUGAAUUCUGCAUAUGAAGAAUUACCAGCAUUUCACCGUGCACUGAAGGAGUAUGUAGCAUCAGUUGACACCAAUUAUGCUAAGACCCAAGAAGAAAUGUUUGUUGGGUUUGAAGGAAGUUUUGGCAGUAAACAUGUUUCUCCUCGGACAUUGAAUUCAAGGAAUCUUGGAAAUUUAGUGUGUGUUGAAGGCAUCGUCACAAAAUGUUCCCUGGUGCGACCAAAGGUGGUGCGGUCUGUGCAUUAUUGUCCGACUACAAAGAAGACGUUGGAGAGACGCUACACAGAUAUGACGUCAUAUGAUCCUUAUCCAUCGACGGCAAUUUAUCCUACAAAGGAUGAUGAUGGCAAUCUCUUGGAGACUGAAUAUGGACUAUGUGUGUACAAGGAUCAUCAAACAAUUUCUAUCCAAGAGAUGCCAGAGAAGUCCCCAGCUGGUCAGUUACCACGGUCUGUUGAUAUUGUCUUGGAUAAUGACUUAGUUGACAAAUGUAAACCAGGAGACAGAGUUCAGAUAGUAGGUAUAUAUCGCUGUCUGCCCAACAAGCAGGGAAGUUUCACAAGCGGGACAUUCCGAACAAUCUUAUUGGCAAAUAAUGUCAUACUUAUGAAUAAGGAAGUUUCUCCACAAAUCUCCACUGAUGAUGUGCACAAAUGCAAGAAAUUCUCUAAACAAAAGGGAAUAGAUGUCUUCGAGUUGCUGUCCAAGUCUCUAGCACCCAGUAUCCAUGGUCAUGAAUACAUCAAGAAAGCUCUUCUAUGCAUGCUUCUUGGGGGUGUUGAGAAGGUGCUACCUAAUGGCACCCGAUUAAGAGGUGACAUAAACAUCCUGCUGAUUGGUGAUCCAUCUGUGGCCAAGUCUCAACUGUUACGCUAUGUACUUCACACUGCUCCACGUGCCAUAACCACAACUGGUCGAGGCUCCUCAGGUGUUGGUUUGACAGCUGCCGUCACAACAGACAAUGAAACUGGUGAAAGAAGAUUGGAGGCUGGUGCUAUGGUUCUUGGCGACCGUGGCAUUGUCUGCAUUGAUGAAUUUGACAAGAUGAGUGAUAUGGACCGCACUGCUAUUCAUGAGGUGAUGGAGCAAGGCAGUGUAACCAUUUCUAAGGCAGGCAUCCAUGCUAGGCUCAAUGCCAGGUGCUCAGUUUUGGCUGCUGCUAAUCCUGUAUAUGGUCGAUACGAUCAAUAUAAGAUGCCCAUGGAGAAUAUUGGUUUGCAGGACUCUCUCCUGUCACGUUUUGAUUGUCUCUUCAUUAUGCUUGAUAUUGCUGACCCUGAAAGUGACAGAAAGAUUUCAGAUCAUGUGGUACGCAUGCAUCGUUAUAGAUCUCCUCAGGAACAAGAUGGUGAAACACUCCCCAUGGGCAUUGGAGUGGAUGUUCUCUCAACUCACAACCCAGAUGUUGUUGAGGAUGAAGAAACAGAGACUCCCAUUUAUGAGAAAUAUGAUAGUCUUCUGCAUGGCAGUCUCCGAACAAAGAAAGAAAAAGUUGUCAGCCUGAAGUUCAUGAGGAAGUACAUACACAUUGCUAAGAGCAUCAAGCCUACCCUUACUCGGGAAGCCUGCGAAGUUAUUGCUGAAGAAUAUUCUCGCCUCAGAUCACAGGAUACAGAACAUGCAGAUAUGGCACGGACACAACCUGUAACUGCUCGUGCUCUGGAAACUCUCAUUCGUUUGUCUACUGCUCAUGCAAAAGCCAGACUAUCUCGUGUUGUAGACAUUGAGGAUGCUGAAGCAGCCAUUGAAAUGGUAUCUUAUGCAUACUUCAAAAAGGUGAUGGAGAAGAAAAAGAGACGUAAAUAUGAUGAAGGGAGUGCGACAGAAACCGAAGAAGAGGGAGAGGCGGAGCAAGGGGAAGAGGAGGAAGGUGGAAGGAAGAGGAAAAGAAGAGCUACUGGUGAUGCAGAGAAAAAAUCAAAGAAACCAAAGAAGAAGCCGGGUGAUGAAGGAUAUGACCCAUAUGAUAUUGCAAGUGCAGAGGAAGAUGGGGAACCUAUGUCACCAACUCCAGCAACAAUACAAAGCACAGUCAGCAAAGCCUCUAAAAGCAGUGGUGAAGUUCCUGCAACAGUGUCUACACCUAAAGAGAUCAGUGUUGAGAGAAUGACAGCCUUUAGGGGCUCUUUAACAAAAUUAUUCAAGGAGGAACGAAAAAUGAUGGUUGACUUGACAAAAAUGGUUGAAUUCGUCAAUACUGAGCACUCGUCUCAACCAUUUUCACAAGAGGAAAUUGAUGCUGCUGUGGAAAAGAUGACAGAGGACAACAAAAUAAUGGUUGCAGACAAUAUGGUCUUCCUUAUGUAAGUGGUCAAGGAAGUGUGUUAUGUAUGCAUCUCACAGUUGGAAACACCUUGGAUGUCACCAUCAACUGGUUGCAUUUUAUUUUUAUAUAUACUGUAUAUUGAAACAUAUUUUGUACAUGAUCAAGAAAUUGUUAACACUACCCAUGCUUGACACCAGUGUCUCAUGUUCAGGGGAAAUUUAGUAAUAAGAACAGAACAUUGUCAAGAUUGUAUAUGAGCAGGGACAUCUCUUUACUUGACAUAUUUUAUAACUACUUCCAGUCAGUGUUUUGAUGAGUUAGUAACAUCACAACAUACCCUCCAUUUGCCUAUGAAGGCAUCUGGUAGUACCCAAGCUUUACCUUUUGUAAUUCUAUUUGAUGAACUUCUGUGGAACUCCCUACCAGUGUGCUGUCCAUUAUAACCUGUUUCUGAACAUCCUGCUUCAGAUAUUUUGUCUGGCAAGGGGACACCUUGGUGAUUAGAUUUGACACUGGCAAGUCUGAUUACCCACUGUUUUCUGUUUAAUUAAGUAUCCAUUAUAAUAAAAGUAUAAGUUUA